AUGGCGGCUACAGCUCAGAUGGAGAACCCCGAGGAUGUCGCCAACCGGGUCAUGAGGAGGGUGCAGGUCUCGAAGGUGAGGACAACGUAGACACAUAUGCACUGGACCCGGAGAUCGCUAAUGUACCUCGUGCAGAUGACCCGAGCGCUACAGGACCGACUCGCACUUGCCAACGUCAAGAUACAGAAUGGAUGGGAGAAUCUCAGCAUGGAUGCCAUUGAGCCGCAAGUUCGAGAUAGGCUGAGGAGAAAGAGACCGGCUUCCAGCAAUGAUACCAUCUCCGAUACCGCCUCCACCACCUCAAGCCGGCUGCAUUCCAGCAACGGCCUGGCCUCCUCCCCCAUUACCGAGCCCAUGUUCUCCGACGACCUUUCACGAUCGGGCCGCAGCCUCAGACAUAAAAGAUCAAAGCCUUCAGGCGUGCAGGAAAUCAAUCCGUCCGGUGCUGCCACUGGCAGGCGGACGAGAGGAGCUGUAGCCCGGCAGAACACCUGGAAGAAGAACUACUCCUUGCCGGAAUCUUCUCCAAUCAAGCCGACAAAGCAUGCUCGCUUUCCCUCGAACCAGGUAUCGCACCUGUCAUUCAUCUCGGAGGCAGAAACCAUUGCCGACGACCCUCCAUCACCAGAGUUCAGCGAAGAGGAUGACGCCGAUCUGCCCGUCACCAGCUUCAGCAUCAACGCCUCGACCCGAAUCACAUCCUCACCACCGCAGACACCUCCACCAGACCGCCGCAUGCGAAAGACUAUUCACCAAGUCUCUUGGUCGCGCACACCCAAGCACGAAGACGACGGUGCGGAUCUGCUGAUGUACCUGGCGACCUCACCCUCGCCGGCCAACGUUCGAAACGAUGCCAAGACCGUGGUCCAGCCUCCCUCAACCCCACCCUGCAAGUCUACACCGCUGCCAUCUUCACACAUGACGCCGGGCACGACUGGCAAUGGCUUCUUCGGCUUUGGCGGACCGAAUACGCCAAGCACCAGCUUCAACUUCAACGAUUUCAUCAACGUCACUCCCAGUCCCGCGCAGGGAGCCUGGCAAGCCCGCACACCGAUUGCGGGCAGAACGCCAGGCGCUUCCGCAAGGCGCCGACUGGACUUUGACAAACUCAUGCCACCUACUUCGACCAGCCCCACCAUGACGCGCAACAGCCGCGGCAGUGGCCUGGGUAUGGAUCUGGGAGGAGAGUUGGUCUCUUCUUGA